AUGACAGAGAAAGUUGCCUGCAAAUCACGUCUGCCGCGGAAGAAAAAGAAGAGAAGGGUUGCCAACACGGAAGAAUCUGUCAAGGAGCAAACAGAGAAACUUCUCCCUAUAGAUGGUGCAACAAAGCAACAUGGUAGGAUGGAAGAAAGCGAAGAGACGGAUGAUGCAACAAAGCAACGAGGCAAUUCGGCAGAAAGCGAAGGGAACACUUCUACCGCAACCUCAUCCGCCUCUUGUAGUUGUACAACAGGCAUUGGAGGAGAAAUCUCAUACCUUGAUCUUCUUACAAACGAUGAUGAAAGCGGGACCAUCGAUGGCGGCACAACAUACCAGCCAAGUACAGAGCAUGCCUCACAUUUCGACGACGACAAGUGCUUUGGCACGGAUUAUAAUUACAGCAUCAACAUCCCGCCAGAGCUGGACGCUUCAGCUUACAACGAAUAUUGCUUCGUCGGCAACUUUGCCCAGCUCAUCAUCAGCUCCCGUCGGAACUAUUCCUCCUUCAGGCCACAAUCCUGGAUUCUCGAGCUCCCCCACCUAGCCGCAACAAAUGCUUUGCCAUCCUCGCUCAGAUAUGCAAUGCAUGCUGCAGCACUACUAUAUCAUGCCGUCACCAAUAAUGAUAUAAGAGCCAAGAUAGCUGCCGUGAGGUGGUACAUAGCCGGAAUACAGACUUAUCGUGCUACCAUACUCAAAUCGCCAGCAAAAAAGUCUCUGCCGACACCGGUAUCGGAGGAGACUCAGGCAUCCAAAGAACCAUGUAUAGCGGAAAUUGCAGAAAUUUGUGUUCCAAUAAUGUUUUCCUUUUACGAAGCAUUGCAAGGCGGGAGUUCAGAUGCGGAGUUACUUCACCAUGCGGCAGCCACCGAGAUGCUGGAGAAACGAGGGCCGGAACAAUGCGUCAGUGGACUCGCACAUAGCGUGAUGCGCUCGUUGAGAGUCAGAGAGGCCUUUUACUCCAUCAUGAACAACCGAUCUGCCAGGUUCUCCUCGCCAGAGUGGCUAUCUAUCCCCUUUGAGCAGAAGCACAAGAUAUGCUACGACCGGCUCAUCGACAUCCUCCUCUCUUUGACCAAAGCGCUUCGCCUUCCAUACAUGAAUCAGAGGGGUGCAACGCUGAGAUACUCAGUAAAUCGGGUUCACGACCUCUCCACAGCUCGUAAAGCAGACAUCGAGGAAAGGGUAAACACUCUCUUGGCACGGCUUCAAGGAUGGUGGUUCGAUUUCCAACAAGAGCACUGCGAAGUCAUCACACUGAGUCCAGAAUGCUCAUAUACCCCCGAAAACGCCUACAUGACCGUCUCUUCUCCCUCUUCCGUCCUUCCGCUAUCCGGGCCCUGGAUGGUUGCCAAUAACGAAACGCUCACCUCGAGUAUGAUUUCCAUAUACAGUGCUACUCACAUGAUCCUCCACACAGUUCUUUUCAUCAUCUCUCUCUCGAGGCCCCCGAGCGCCACCGGUCCCGAUCAUCUAUCAGAUGUCGAUGCGCAUGUGGCCGCAAUUUCUGCAUAUGCCACGGGGGUCUUUAAUGCCUCGGCGUAUCUUAGCAUGAUCAAUCCAUUUUGCGGAGAUGCUGUCCGAACAAACUUUUCUCUGGCCAUCGUUGCUCAGUUUGCAUUGGAAGACUCACAGCGCGAUCAGGCUCGACGCAUGCUCAACCAGUGGCACGUUCAUGAUGAAGAACAUCCCAAUAGCCCAGAGAGCACCAUGUCGGAGAGUCUUGUUCUAUAA